GACACAUUGAAGAUUCUGUAGGCUGAUUUUCCCCUUCCAGUGUGGGACAAACUCAUCAGAUUAUGUACAAUGGGACUACGAAUUCAUUUUGUUGUUGACCCUCAGGGCUGGUUCUGUAUGGGCCUAUUAAUCUUUGUCUGGUUUUACAAUAGUCUCUUCAUUCCAAAAGUUAUCCUUUUUCCUCAUUAUGAAGAAGGACAUAUAUCUGCAGCUGCUAUACUAUGCUACUGUCUAUUUUCAUUGUUCUGUAUUGUCAUAUUGUUAAGAGCUUCAGUAGCAGAUCCAGGGAGAUUACCUGAAAACCCAAAGAUACCAAUUACAGAAAAAGACUCCUGGGAAUUAUGUAACAAGUGUAACAUGAUGAGACCAAAGCGUUCCCACCACUGCAGUCGAUGUGGGCACUGUGUUAGGAGAAUGGAUCAUCACUGUCCAUGGAUUAACAAUUGUGUAGGUGAAGAUAAUCAUUGGCUGUUUUUGCAGUUGUGCUUCUACACAGAACUCCUGAGUUCUUACACACUGCUACUUGAUUUCUGCCACUAUUACUACUUUGAACCACUAAGAAAAGUUAAUGCGGAUGUCUUUGUGUUUAGACAUGAGCUUGCCCUAAUAAGAAUAUCAACAUUCAUGGGUUUAAUUAUGUUAGUUGGAAUGACUGGACUCUUUUAUAUUCAGCUAACUGGUGUAUUUAAUGACAUUACAGGUAUAGAAAGACUGGCCAACUGUUGUGAAGAAAUAUCAAGACCUCGAAAGCCAUGGCAGCAGACCUUCUCAGAAGUUUUUGGCACUCGCUGGAAGAUCCUGUGGUUUAUUCCUUUCAGGCGAAGGCGUCCACUGCGUGUUCCCUACCACUUUGCCAAUCACGUCUAAACAGAUGGAGGGGCAGGCACAGAUGGGUUCUCCAUGCUGGAUGUGUGUUGCAGGUUUUGUGAUAAUAGAACGAUGGCACUCCUAAAGUCAAUUAAAAUCUACCCACCAAUCUUAGACGUCACAACGUGCCCCAGGUCUUUUUUUUUUUUUUUUAAUAAUGAAGAUUUUCAUUCUGCCUAGGGAUUAAGGCACACUUCUCUGUUUAUGUUCAAAGUGUACUUACAUUCAGAUUAGCAUCGCAGAGAAAUCACUGCAGGUUCACAAUAAAAAACAAUGAUUGAUGUGCAAAUGUUACUUUUGUUUUGAUAAUGCAGUUGAUUUUGAUAGAAAUUCUGUCAUCUACACAAAUCAACAGGUUUGGAAGUAUCUUGACUGGUUUGAAUUUCUUUUUUCUUUUUUAUCAGUCAUACUAGCUGGAUUAUGUAGAAAUGUCUGUUUUCCUAUUCAUCGGUUUUAAUGCCUCCAAUGCCUUUUUAUUUAUGAUGCAUGAUAUUAAAAUGCAGCUCGUCUCUAGAGAAGACUGGCAUUUUAACAGUGUGUUUUUAAAAGGAAGAAUCAUGUUUGUUUCUAUGUCCUCGUGUUUAAAAAAAUACGUUGUGUAAAAACAAAACAUAAAAUCCAUUGCUUUUUGAAAGAAAAAUAGGUUAUAAAAUGUGCAAUUCUCUCUUCUUUGUACAUGCAAUAAUUAGCCUUAAGUGCUAGCUAGAUGUGUCUUAGAAGUAUAUACUAAGUUUAAAAAAAGCAAAGUUUAUGCCAUGAUCCAGCCAAAGUUAAGCACCUUUUAAAUCCUACUUAUAUUAGUGAUACAUUUAGUAUUUUUUUCAUUCUCUCCCAAAAGAACAGGCAAGCUGCUGUGUUGCAAUUGGAAUAAUUGGCAGAUCUGUUUUUCUGGGCUUAAGCUGCAGUCCUAUACCUAUAUGUGAUUUAUUUUGAAUAGAUAUGCAUAGGAUUCUACUAAGUGCCUAAUUUUGGUGCGAUUGUGCCUAUAAAAUUUAUCAACAUUUACUAUAUCAUAUCUACUGAAAACAUAUACAGUACUGUGUUGUUGUUUCUGUGUACUAUGUUUCUUUGUUUUGUACUGUCACCACUAGAAGGAUUUAAAAUUUAAAUUUCAUGCGUUCAUAGAUCGGGUAAUAUAUGUUGGAGAUAUUUUAACAAUAGUAUUUAUAUAGUAAAUAUAGUUGUUACAUUUAGCGUUA